AACCCGCUGGACGUUAUUGCUAGCGAAAGCUCUGUCGGGACUGGUUUAAUGUUAAUUGACUCUUUGAUAUCAACUUAAAGAAUAGCUCGCCGAGCAACUAUCUAGUAAACGUGUAUAGGAUACCGAGAAGGUAUGUUCAUAAAGCAGAUUUCGAUUUUCUUUUUAGUUUUGUUCUCGCUGGCGGUACCGUUAACGUGAGUUUACAGCGUUAGCCGCCCCGCUGUUGUUGUUGUUGUGGCCUGCUACCCGAUAGCUUAGCUAAACUAACGUUAGCCUCGCCUUGAUCCCGCAACUCCGACCCAACGAGCGGGAAUGGCCCACCUUUCGAGCUAAGGCACCGGGGCCGAGUUUCUCGCUAUACAGUAAGUUCCUGACCCUGUUCCGGUGUUGACUUGAGUAACGCCAGCGGAGUUUCCCGAGGAGCCGCCAAGUUACAGGAAGGCAAGUUGUGGUGUCGGUCCAGCGAUCAUUGAGUUGUCCCUCCCCCACAAGCAAUGAGAGCCUCUGAUAACUGAUCGACACCUGACCAUCAUGGAAGUGUACUGGUACAUAGUGGUUAUCGUAUUCAUCAUCAUCAAGAUAUUCUUCUACGUGUGCUGGUACCGAUCGAGACAAAGGCAGCUGGCAGCGUACUUGAGCAACCCACGCAACGCCCAGAUCGUCAUCGUUGGAGGAAGGGCCUACCUUCAUCAGAUGUGUGAGAGACAGAGUCAAACCUCCGUCUGGCCCAGUUGGUACAGUGUUCAGGACGACCUGUCUAUCGAAGAGCCGUCCACAGCUCUGGCGCCAGCUGCUUCCUUCUCCCGCUUGGACAUGCCCCCACCCUACGAGGCCGUCUCUGGAGAGGAUGACCUGAAGCCGCCUCCUUACAGCGAGUGUGCUCACGGCGACGAAGGCGCCGACGCGGCCCAUCCCGCCCACCGAGCUACUUUCCUCACAGAGGCAGCCGCCGUUAGCGCAAACGAAGCCCCGCCCCCCUACACACUGUCUCCCCCCACGCAAGUCGGCCCGCAAGGCGUCGCUGUCGGCCACAGUGAGUCCCAGGCGGCGAGCAGGUCCACCUAAUCGAGCCCCGAUACCAGUUUGCCUUCUCCGUGCACUGCCUCUCCCACAUUGAACCGCGGUGAUCGAGACCAGAUGUUUACUUGGAUGUGAGAAUAAAUGUGUGUGUAUGCGCGGGUUUGGUGGUUUAUAGAUCCAAAUUGUUUUUUCUACUUUGUAUUGUGUAUAUUAAAAAAAAAAAAGAGA